GUAAUUUACUUUCUUAAUUCAGUUAAAUUAUUAUGAAUUUUCCAAGGUACCAGUGGAGAACCGGAGAAGGCCUCAAGAGACAUUCUCACUUUAUACAUUCUGUUGUAGUUUUCCACAAGUGAACAGAAACUAAUGGUUACUAAUGAAAAUCCAAGGAAAACCAACGGGAAAAGGCUAAAGUUGAAUAGAAAAGCAAAAAGUUGCCUCUUUUUUCCUUCGGAUCUCAUGCCGUUUGUAUCUGCGCCGAUUUAUUUCACUGGUGCACCGUCCUAUCCCAACAAAGGCCACGCCUUUACCCUGCCAUUUUCAUGCAUGGGAGCAUACGACCCACGUUAUCCAGUGGUUAACGCUCCAUUUCCAAUAUCUGUAAUCUGUAACUUCUAAUUAAUUAUUUCUCACAAUAUCAAGUUUGGAUUGCGUUUCACGCUAUUAACACUCCUGGUCCUGGCAAUUCCCAUGUGCCAAGCCCCUGAGCCAAUGAUCAUAUCAGAACUUUUCUGACCUUAGCCAAUUCUCCAUCACGGGUUUAUAGCUUUAGAACCCUUGCUAAUUUGCAUGAAAGAACAACAAAUCUUUUCUAGCAAUUUGAGGACGAGGAUGAAACAGCGUAGGUUCACUGUGUUCGUGAAAGAUCUCUUCUCACGCUUCAAAAAUCAAGUUAGAGGUGGCAGUCUUCACGUUACAGCUUCAAUAGUACUAUGUUUAUCAAUCGGAUCAACCGUGGUAAUUCUUGUAAUGUUCAUUAAUGAUCAUGUCAAGAAAUAUUUGGCCUCAUCAGAAAAUCCAUGCUCAUAUUUGCUUUGCAACUCUUCAUUGUCUUCUCCUUCCUUGCCACCUUUAAUCCAAUCUCCAAAUGCAAGUGGAAGUUUGAGUGAUUUGAUAGCUCCAAAGGAGCUAUGGCAUUCCAUGAAAGAUAAAGAGCUCUUAUGGCGUGCUUCUAUGGUGCCUCACAUUGAUGAAUACCCCUACAGUCGUACGCCAAAGGUUGCCUUCAUGUUCUUGACCAGAGGAAGAUUGCCUUUGGCAGAACUUUGGGAGAAGUUCUUCGACGGACAUGAAGGUCUCUAUUCAAUCUACGUCCAUACUUCACCAGAAUUCUCCGAACAACCGCCAGAAUCAUCGGCCUUCUACAACCGCAGGAUACCAAGCAAGCCAGUUGAGUGGGGGGGAGCAACGAUGGUAGACGCUGAGAGACGUUUACUAGCCAAUGCUCUUCUUGACUUCUCCAAUGAAAGAUUCCUACUACUCUCUGAAACAUGCAUUCCCAUAUUCAAUUUCACAACCAUCUACAACUACCUCAUCAACUCCAAGCAAAGCUUCAUAGGGUCCUUUGAUGAUCCAAGAGCCAACGCCCGCGGCCGCUACAACAAGCGGCUGUGCCCAACCGUGAACAUAUCCGAUUGGCGGAAAGGUUCUCAGUGGUUUGAACUUGACCGGAAACUUGCCCGGGAGAUGGUCUCCGAUGUGAAAUACUAUCCAGUUUUCAGAAAGCAUUGCAAGCCUCCAUGCUACAUGGAUGAGCAUUACUUGCCAACUCUUGUGACCAAAAGAUGGCCACAGCUGAACUCAAAUAGGAGCAUCACCUGGGUUGAUUGGUCUGCCGGUGGUCCGCACCCAGUAACAUUUAUGAGAAAGGAUGUUUCUGAAGAAUUUUUGAAACGGAUCAGAAACGGGAUCAACUGUACUUACAAUGGAUCCAUUACUACAGUUUGCUUUCUCUUUGCAAGAAAGUUCCACCCAAGUACUCUAGAGCCUUUGCUGAGGAUUGCUCCAUCAUUACUUGGUUUUAACUUAUAGCAAAUAUUACGUGGUCCAAAUUUGUCCAAAACUAACAUGUCAUGUCUGAAAUUUUAUUUGUUUAGUUGGUGAAACCCUUUUGUUGAUCGGUUAACCUACUCAAAUAGAUUUGAUUUGAUUGAAAAAAUCGUUUUAAAUUAAAGUUUUCUUAGCAUUUCAUCAAUCUAAAUGAGAUAUGCAACU